AUGAUAGCAGUCUCCGCCUCGGAAGCUUCUGCGUCUACUGGCCUAGAAGGCGCACCAGCGAUGGACCAUGAGGCGAAGCUUCGGACGUGGAAUGAAAAGUCCCUUCCGUCCCCUCCCUCCCUUCCCUCCCUUCCCUCACCUACCUCCCUUUCUGGGCCCUUCCCUCGCUUCCCUCCCUUCUCUCCCUUCCCUUCUUCCAUCCCUUAUCUCCCUUCCCUCCCUAUCUCCCUUCUCUCUCCUCCCUACCCUUGCAGCCUUCCCUCCCUUCCCUCUCUUACCUCCCCGCGAUUUCCCUUCUCUCCCGUCCCGCCAUUCUCUUCCUUCCCCCCCUUCUCUCCCUUCUCUCCCGUCUCUCCCUUCCCUCCCUUCUCUUCCAGGGUUUACCUUCUCUCCUUUCUCUCCCUGCACUCCCUUCCCUCCCUUCCCUCCCUUCCCUCCCUUCCCUCUCUUCCCUCCCUGCGAUCUCUUUCCUCCCUUCUCUUCCCGCCCCACCUUCUCCUCAAUCCCUCAACACCGCCCCCAUCAGCGCCAAACAUUUUGGGCCGCCCCUUGUCCAUCUCCUCCCUUUUGUUCAUAACAUCCCGCCUCCUCCAUCUCCCUUCCCCGCCUCCCCAUCUCCCAUUCCUCUCAGGUCCUCUCUUUCUGCCCUUCAGGCCCACCUCUUCAUCCUCACCCCUCCACUUCGCCUCCCCAUCUCCUCAGCCCUCUAGCCUUCUUGUCAUCCCGCCUCCCCAUCUCCGAUAUCUCCCCAUCCCUUCUCGAGGUCCCGGGUCCCCACAACAGCUGCCGCCACCCAAUCUCCCCUUCCCGCCACCCAAUCUCCCCUUCCCGCCACCCAAUCUCCCCUUCCCGCCACCCAAUCUCCCCUUCUCGCCACCCAAUCUCCCCUUCUCGCCACCCAAUCUCCCCUUCUUGCCUCCCAAUCCCCCCUUCCCGUCUUUCAAACUCCCCUUCCGUCUUCACCGUGGAAGCUACCUCCCUCUUCAGCUCUCCUACCUCACUUUCUCUUUGUUUGGUCGUCUAUUCCCUCCUUCCCUCCCCAUCCUUCCCCUUCCACCCUCCCACUGUCUAACACCUUCUCCUUCCACCUACCUUCCUACCCGCAUCUCCCCUUUCCCCCCUUCUCUUCCAUGCUUCCCCCUUCCACCCCUUCCCCGCCCCGUUUUCAGUGUUCCUGAUUCAUGUCGUGUCCCUUCGGCCACCGCCACUCUGCUGCUGCGAGUGUGGAAGAGUUAG